AUGUCUCAAAGUGAGGAAUGGGAGAAAAUUAGCCAUGUCAAGAAAAGCACUAAAGGUGUACUAGCCACAGCCACAUUGGUGAAGCCUACUUUCUGGAAUGGUGUUAGUCUUUGCUUGAGAGUAUUUGAGCCAUUAGUUAAAGUUCUUCACAUGGUUGAUGGGGACAUUAAACCAUCAAUGGCUUGGCUAUAUGGUGAAAUUCUUAAGGCUAAGGAAGAAAUGAGGAUGGCUGUAGGCUACAACAAGCCCUCCAUCUUUGAUAGUGAGGAUGUCAUGGAUGGCUUUAUUGUAGCUGUUGAAACAUUCUACCAUGGUGAUUAUGACAAGCAGAAUCAAAUGCUCAAUGAUGACUUUCACAAGUUUAAAGAUAAAGUUGGACAUUUUGGAAAAAAGCUAAGUGGUGGCCAAUUAUGGAACACAAGUUCCAACACUGCAGAAAUCCAUACAAAGAAAAGGAAUAGGCUCACAUGUGAGAGAGUUGAACAACUUGUCUUUGUUAGAUUCAAUCAUCUUCAUGCAAAGAGGAAAAAUAAAGCCAAAAAGAAUAAAAAGACAGACCCUCUUGUAGAAACCGAUGCAACCUUUGCUCAAGGAUGGAUGGUUCAAGGUGCAGAUGAAGAAGGGACUGAUGUUGAGCCUGUUACAGGUCUGACAUGGAAAUUAAUUGCUGACACAUGUGGUGCUGAGGAGGUCACAAAACUCCGUAAGAGUGCAAGAUUGGCUCAUGCAAAAGAGGUUGAAGAAGAACCCAAGUCCGAUAGUGAUGAACAACCGAUAAAUGAGGAAGAUAUUGAGUUUGAGUCUGAUCAAGAUAAUGUGGUCACAACUGGAUAUCAGCAAGAGGGGGAGGAAGACAGUGAUGGUUGA